AUGCCUCUAUUCAUCUACGACUUGCGCGGUACAGAGCCCGAACUAAUUAAACAACUCAACAAAACAUACGGCGGAAUCUUCAUCAUCAGCCCGCGCAGAGUGGCUAUCUGCGACCCCAAGGAUAUACACAUGGUCCUAGGAACACACGCCUUUUUGAAGAACAAGCGCUACAGCAACAUUGAGAUCAUGGAACCAAACAUGUUUUUGACCGUCGACCCCGAAUUAAACAAGCAGCGCCGCAGACAGAUGGGACCGUCAAUGAGCUUGGCAAACUUGAAGCGGAUGGAACCUAUUCUUUUGGACGCCGGAACCAAGCAGUUGUUCAGCAAGUGGGACCGGGAUAUUGAGAAAUCUGCGGAUAAACAAAGAGCCAGAAUAUGCUACCAUGUCGAUUUCAUGCUCAUGACCUUUGAUAUUAUCAGUACGCUGGGCUUUGGACAAACACAUAGGUCGUUGACAUCAGGGGAUACGCAGAUUUCCAAGUGGGUGCAUGGCACCUUUGUGCUGAUGUUCAUGCAGGCCAUCGUUCCUGUAUUUAAACACACAAUUUUCCGCAAAUUUCUCGCUAAAUCCCUCUACAGCAAAUUUGACGCGUUCUACGCUUUGUGUACCAAGGCUUCGUACAUUGAUGCUGAGGAUCCCGAGUCGCGCAUCCGAAUGACGUCCAGCCAGGUGGUUACCGAGACAAUAAUUAGCUUGUUGGCUGGCUCAGAUACCAGCUCCAACACAAUCGUGUGGACCAUCCACUUGCUCCUCAUGCAUCCGCAGUAUUAUUCUCGAGUAGUCGGGGAAGUGCGUGCGGCAUUUGACCGCGAUCACAUAAUUAACUACAGUGAGGCCAAGGCCAGCCUUCCACUUCUAGAAGCGUGCAUCUAUGAAUCACUGCGACUGGUUCCAGUGGCCACAAGCAUGCCCCGGUUUAUUCCCCCUGGUGGUGCAACCCUACAUGGCCACUUUAUUCCCGAAGAGUAUAACUGCUCCAUCAGCAUUGCCGGAGCCAACACUAAUCCUGAGGUGUGGGAAAGAUCUUACGAGUUUUACCCUGAGCGGUUCCUGGACAACGAGUCCAACAAAAGACUGGUGUUGACUUUUAGUACUGGCGUUAGAGUGUGUCCGGGAAAGAAUCUGGCGUGGAUGGAAAUCCAGUCGACCCUGGCCAAUGUAUUCAACAGGUACGAAUUGGAGAUUCCAGAGGACUCGCUGUUUACGCCAGAUAGGGUCGAUGAAGACGGAUUGCCGAUUUUGAUUCCGCGGGUGACUGCUACUACUUGCGUGCCAAAGUUCCCAGAGCGCGAUUGUGUUGUUAUUGUUUCAAAGCGCAACUAG